GGAGGUGGUUUGUGCACAAUGGGCUACAGAAAACGAAAAAAAAAAUCUCAGUAGGUCCAGGCCUACAUGCACUAUGGGCUUGCAAGACUGGAACAACUUUUAGUGCUUGUGAGCAAAUCUAGUGCACAAUUCGCCGUUCAAGGUUGUCUAGCUCUCUGCUGCCUGUUGUGUCGCAUGCAGUUCUGUCACCACUAACUACAUAUAAUACAGCGGAGUUGGCUUAGGGGCUACUCACCGUCCUGAGGAUUUAACGGCGUAAGGUGUGGGACUAGCAAGUGGGGGACAAAAUGUCCUUGGCCCGUGUGUCUACAUUGGUUCUGGCAUUGGUACUGGUCGGCACCGUCUCGGCAGUCAGCCAAACACCAUGCUGCUAUCCCAAGCAGUUCGUUGCCCGACUAGAAAUUAUUGAUACGGUCUUGGGUAAUGGAACUGUUGUCGUCUUUGAGAAAAAAACCGAGAUGGCCUAUGACGAAAUCAACGAGAAAACAGCUGAGAUUACUGAGGUUUAUAAUGACGUCACAGGGGUUGUUGAAAAAACGAAGCUGAUAUACGACUACAAAAAGGGCAAGAAGUACAUCAUCGAAGGUGGACAUUGCACGACCAAGCAUCUGUCUUAUUCUUUCUUGCCUCAGUGUAUUCCACCCAUUGCGACAUUUGAUGAGACAGUGCCCAUCGGCCUCGGCGAUGCUUUCCCAGUGAGCUCCUUCCACUUCCUUAUCCCCAGCUCCUCCCCGAGCUUCAACCUGCUGGUGCGGUACUCGGUAGGUGCCGAGGGGUGCAUACCGUACCAACUCGGGAUAUUUGCCGUCCAAAAGACCACCAGGGGAAGUAGCAGAGGGCUACCAGUAAUGGAUCCAGUCCCACCAAGCCACCCGAUGUUCCCGUGGUACGCGAGCCCAACCGCGGGCCCCUACCGGAAGCUAAGUUCCGCCUACCAGUACAGCGACUACCAAAACGGUAUCGAGGACCCUGCCUACUGGUUCGAUCCCCCAUCGGGAUGCUUUCCCGGGUUACGUGGAUCUAAGAGCACUAUCGGAGGCCCUUUGGAAAAGGUGGCAACUAUGAAUAAAAUCCUCAGAAACCGUGUCUUGUAAUUCACUACUUACGUUGAUAAAAGGCUGAUAUAACGUUGAAAUCUGGCAGUAGUUAUUUCUCUUGUACUUUAGGAUCUUCGGGUUCACGUGGUGGUUUUUCUUAGAUGUAGAUUUUAUGCAGCCAUUUACUCCUCUAAAAUGUGUGAAACCUAUUUUGCAUCUUUUGUUUUCAAAACAGUAUUGAAAACAAAUGUGUCGCUUCCAUGAUUUUCCUGAGAAAUGAAUAACGAUACGGCUAUCAUUGUUAUGUUGCCCCAGGUGAAAACUAUUCGUUCAAUUAACAUGAGGCGUUUUCUGCUAACAUUUUAUAUGUAACCAAGCAUUAGCUUAGUGAAAACGAUUUUUGAGAAGGCUUUUGUAUACGGUCCUACUUUCGUGAAUUAGAACUACCAAUAAUCAAAGAAAAUACAAUUAAAGGCUGCAAAAUAUUAUAAAGAUCUGACCAAUGUUAGCGGUGCAAGUACAAAAUUAAGAUGUCUUACUUGGUAUGGGAUGAAACCACACUUUUUUACAUGAAAAUUAAAAUUACACAAAAAUAUUUCGACGUCAUUAAAUCAAUAUUUCGAGCAAAUGAAAUGAUAUUUCGAGAAAACGAAAUAUCAUUCGAAGGAACAAUUUUAAAAAAAAUUCUCAUUGUGCCUGUCCCCUUAGGGGCUCCGUAUUUGUGAGUAUGUGGGGUUUUGAAAAGAACCGUUGGUAUACUUAACGUUUGGGACAGUAUGCUCUGUCCAUCGUCAGGAGACUGCUUGGAUCUAGUUUACAAAUAGUACAAGUUUAAGUACAGGUAAGGGUAAAUAAAGGUGCAUUUUCUAGGAUUUAAUUUUCAACAUCGCAUUGCACAGACCGUUUACAGCUGAUGAAUAAGAAAGAGAAAUAAGUUUCGAGUCAAUUCGAAAUUCCGACAGCGCUUGCCCAAACUGAAGCGCUCCCGAGGCAACCUAGACUCCAUGGGCUCCGUGCGCGUUCCUUCACUUGAUCGCGCAAGGCAUGGUGGGAACCAACAUGAAGCUGCAAGAUCGUACCCAUGGGAACGAAGUUGCUUCCGAGGUCAUUUGGGAAUAGCGGAGCGCAAGAGCGCGCUUGCUUGCCCUAUCAGCUCAGCCAAAAGCCGACUCACGCUCGCACCUUCCCUUCUGAAAUACCGAACUGGCUCACUGAUUAUGUACCCAGAAAAACACAUUGAGGAUAAAACCACUGAGGUUUACCGUUUUUCUUGUAUGCUGUGAAAGUUGGCUGGAGAAAGUUAUAUUAGGCCACCCUCUCAAACAUCGGAAUUCGUCCAACAUUGUCGUAAAAUAUGGAAGCAGCUACAAUAGUUAUGAACAGGACGCUAAAAGUAUGUAUCAACUGCUUAAAUAUUAUGUCCCUAUCACAAAGGAAGCUUAGCUUUGUGGGUAUGAUGUGCAGUGGUAACAGUGCAUGUUCAGCACUCUCAACAUCUCUGAGUCAUAGGACUACACAUACACGUAGAUUUCUAAGGCUGUGCCUCCCUUGCAGUGCAUACAUUGAUGCAGAAUCUAUUUUUGGCAACCUCUGGUCACUUAAGCAGUACCUCAUCGGUUGAAAAGAUCUGAACCAUGUUGUCCAUGGUAGUGUUCAUUUUGUAGGCAGUGAUGCAAUCAAAAAUAAUGUAUUUCCUAGUCAUUUGUGAACCAGCGAAGUUCAAUUCUGACAAGAGGAGCCUAUUGAAAACAACACCCUCUCUCUCUGUUCAGCUUGAGGCCCAUUGCACUGUGUGUGACAGCCCUGGCUGGCACACAAUUUGCGUUAUAUACCACACAAAUAACCCUACAUAACUCUCUAUAGACUGUGUAACGUCAAAUCGGAAGACUGAUCCUUCACCCAUGAUCGCAACAAAUUUGUUGCGGAAGAUUAAAGAACCGAUGCAGAUCCAAAACAUGAGGUAAAAGGUGGUGAAGAAGCAAUUGGCAACCUUCCCCAUGCCCAUCAGGAUCUUGUACAUGUACAUGUACCACUGGUCCAAAGUAAGGAGCUAGAACAGGGUGAUCAGUGCAUGGGUAAAAGUGCUGUAGGGUACCAGCCACGGGAUGAUCAAAAUGGGCAAGAAAGUAAAAUCAGAGAAUAAAACUGAACUGCACGGCCAA